UCUAAACGGAAGUUAAACACACGUGUGGGGAAAAGGCUUUUCGAAGGGUGUGAUCGCAGUUCAUUCAGUAAGUUCCUUUCAAUAUGUCGCUUUCGCUGAUUAGAAGAGGACUGGACCUGCUAAGUGAUGAUAUAAAAGAUGUGACUGAGGACAGGAGGAAGAAGACCAAAAAUAAACUGACAGCAGAAGCAAGCCAGGGGAAAACAUUAAUGGACCAGAUAAGUUCAAACAAACAAGGUGUCACCAAACAGAUCCGCAGGCUGCGGGGACAGCGAGGCUUGGCCAGGCCCCAGGCCUCGGUUAAAGACAAGCGGAUUAAAUCAGCAGUGGAGGAGUUCAGGAAAAGGCAAAAAAAAAGCUGCCUGAAACAAAAUCUUCAGUACUUCCUGGGAACUAAAUGCAAAGCAGACCAGAAAGACACAUCUAAGAUACAGUUCCAGAAUUGUGGUCGGCAGUCCCGGAACAAACCUGACCAUCAUGUCAAGAAACCCAUGGAGCCAAAGUCUUUGUUUACAGAGGAGGAGUUUGAGCAGUUCCAGAAGGAGUAUUUUGGCAGAACUGUGGAGAGCGGUGGACAUUGAAAACCUAAAGGGUAUAAUGGACUGCGUUUGAAGCUUAACACAAUCAAUGACGAACAUGUCCAUAAAUUCAACUAACCCAUGUGUUAAGAAAGUGACGGAUAUGUGAAGGCAGCUGCUUUGUUUCCAGUGAACAUCUUUUUUUGUGUUGUGUCAGGUAUCUGGUUUAACACCAGAAACAAUAGACUGGUAGAAGUGCUAACUGAUGCGAUACAAGGUAAAAUUAUGGCAGUUAGCAGCUUAUUGUCAAUUUUGGAUGAAUUUUUGUGCGCCUUUGGCUUAGUCCUGGAAAGAUUGCUUGAAAUGGUUUUUGGUUGGAAAAGAAAAUAUUAGUAAUAAAGUAUCCAGAAGUAGUAAUAAUAUUUAGUAAUAAUAUUAGUAAUAACAUUCCUAGGGUGUUUCCUCAGCACAUGGUUUUCCAAGUAUAUUCUUACUUUUGUUAAUACAUAGAAAAUUGUCAUAACUGGUACAAUGAUGGAGUCAGCAGAUAUCAACACUACACAUAAACAGAUAGCAUGUAAGUGAGAAAUAGAGGAAUGUCUUUGGAGACCACAGACUAAAUGCCUUUUUUUAUAUAAAGAUUGCUUGAUCAAAUUAUUGGAAAAUUUGUGUCCUACUGUCUUAAUUAUGAAAUCUGAAAACAGGGUCUUUUAGUCUUCCCCAUCAUUUUCUUUCUCUGUGUGACUAUUUUGUGUGUAUAUAAUCUCUUUUGUGGGGGGUGGCGCAGCAGCACAGCGGCCUUGGCGGGGUCCUGCUCUCUGGUGGGUCUGGGGUUCGAGUUCUGCUUCAGUUGCCUUGUCUGGU